UAUUAGAGGAGGAAUAGAUCAUGUUUAGCUCUGGACGUCAAAUUAUUGUUUGAUUAUGUGAAACCCAAAGCGUGCCACCAAAAAAAGAAGCAGAAAUAAAGUUGAUUUGAAAUUGGACAACUCAAUAGUAUUUCCUUAAGCAAAAUAAUCUCAUUUUUGUUGGUGUCGAGAGCGCGCCUGGCGACGUAAAUGCAGAUUUUGAGUAGUGCGGAAGUAAUGAAGGAAAGUUGACUGGUGGAAAACGCUACGUUGAAUGUUGGUGCUUUCAGGAAGUGGGCUGGGGACCAAGUUUUGUGUCCACACUUGUUAAAACUUUCCAAGCCGUCUGAGGGGCAGAAAUCCAUUUACCCGAUCUCUGGAGAUGACGCUACAGUGGACUGCAGUAGCUCUUUUCCUGUACGUGGAGAUUGGAAUCCUCCUCAUCUUCUGCCUGCCCUUCAUUUCAGCAAGGAGAUGGCAGAAUAUAUUCCAGUUGAGUAUUUGGAACCGGGUGGCCCGAUUUGGGAACAAGUUUUUCCUCACCAUGAUCAUUGUUCUGGUUGUCCUCUUCCUCGAUGCUGUGCGAGAGGUGAGGAAGUACUCUGGGUCGGAGCAGAGCAAAGACCCCAAGCUGCAUCCCAACAUGUUUGACCACCUUCACAUGAAGCUGUUCAGAGCCCAGAGGAACCUCUACAUCUCUGGCUUCUCUCUCUUCCUUUGGCUGGUGAUGAGGAGGGUGACCACCCUGAUCAGCCAGCUGGCCAGCGCUGAGAGCUCCACCGCCUCGCUGCAGACACAGGCAGACAGCGCUAACCAGGUCGCCAAGCAAUACAUGAAAUACAACGAGCUCCUGAAACAGACUCUGCUGGAGAGGAGAGGAGAUGAGGCCACAAGGGAAGGAAACCAGAUGCUGAGGAAGGAGGUGGAGAAGCUGAAGGCUGAGCUGAAAGGCUCUGAAGAAGUGUUGAGGAGGUCUGAGGCGGAGCUGCAGGCCCUGAAGGAGCAGCAGGAGGGUCUGGCCCUGGAGUACGACUCACUGAUGAAGGAACACCACAAGCUGCAGAUUCUCCAGGAGGAAGGAGGAGACAAGAAGGAUCUGUAGUUCUGGGUUCACCACCAAUCAGAACCAAGCCACACCACCCAUCCUUACUGCAUGGCAUCACACGGGGGGUUCUCUGGAGACCCCUCCCCUCACCUGGCUUAUAGUGUGCGUGUGGCUUGUAAUAUGUAUGUGUGUAUGAGGAAUUUGGGUCUGUGAAUGUGUAUGUAAUUGCAGCAUGUGACCGGCGUGUGUGUGUGCUGUAAUUAGAAAGGCCCAUACAAUACUGCUGUGAGCACUUCCAUGUGUAAUGCUGUGUUUGUCUAUGCCACCAACACGCUUGAACCUGUACAAAGGGGGCACAAACUUGUACCCUGGGGUCUGGAGCAGGAGUCUACUGUAGACCACUCCUCAAGAGUUUCCACACAAAAAAACGAUGAAUAUUUUAUAUCAAUGUCUUUUUUUCUUUUUCACAUCACAUUGCAGCUUUUAUUUACAUAUGGUUGAAUGUGAAUUGCCGAUAAUAAAUACUUUCUUUUUUGUAACAGUU